UUGCUCAUGGCUGUGAUACUGCCACAUUACAAUAACGAAAAUUAUUAAAUCAAAAUAAAAACCAUGUUUAAAAAUACUUAUCAAAGCGGAUUACUAUCAAUAUUUUAUAGUUGUGGGUCAAAUCCCUUAGCAAUAUGGGACAUGGAAGUACAAAACGGGCACAUAAAACGAUUAACUGAUAAUGAGGUAAACUCCAUAGUUCUCGAGAUAGUAAGCUCAAACGUGGCAACCACUUACAUAGUAUGCCCGAAGAGGAAUCAAGUACUAGGAAUAAGGUUACCAUUUCUCGUAAUGAUCGUCAAAAAUUUAAAAAGGUACUUCUCAUUUGAAAUAACAAUUUUGGAUGACACAAAUAUGAGAAGGCGAUUUAGGAUUUCAAAUUUUCAGUCGACAACGAAAAUCAAACCCUUUUGCACUACCAUGCCGAUUGGAUUAUCAAGUGGAUGGAAUCAAAUACAAUUCAAUUUGGCGGAUUUUACUAGACGCGCAUACGGUACGCAAUUUAUAGAAACACUUCGAGUUCAAGUGCAUGCAAAUGCUCGGCUUCGUAGGAUUUAUUUUAGUGAACGACUCUAUACUGAGGAGGAAUUGCCGCAGGAUUACAAGUUGUACUUGCCUUUGGAACGCAAGGAAAAGAAAGUUAAGUCUGAAAAGAAAGAAGCAUCAAAAACUGACAAAGCACCUGCACGACCACCAGCAGAAAAAACUCCACAAGAAAAAGUUCCAAAGGUGGAAGCUCCAGUUGCAGAACCUAAACCACCUAUACAACUGGAAAGUAAAGUUAGUGCGGCCACGGUAACACCAACAACAACUGAAGCUGGAGACGUAAAACCAGAAGAUGAACCGGAAGCUGCUGAACCCACUCCGGAAGCUGCUUCAGAACCAGGUGCAGAACCUGAUGAAGAAGUUGAAGGAGUUGGUGAAGAACCAAAACUUGAAGAAGAGCCACAGGAGCCAGAAGGUCAAACCGAGAUCAAGGAAGAAGGCGAGGAAUAAAUUCAUCAAUUUUUAUUUUAUUUUUGUUUUUAUGGUUACAUUAUGUAUGUUAGUUAAUACUAUUUUACUAUUAAUAUUGAAUUUACAAAAAUCAUAAUUUUAUAAUAAAUCUUCUUAUUAUUGUUGAGACUA